GGAGGAGGAGGAGAGGAGAGAGCGUGUCCGCUGCCCAAUGACAGCGCAGGAUGCUGAGAGAGGCUGCUCGGGUGAAUGGAGGCGACAUGAUGCCGUACAGAGCGGUGAAGGAGAGGAAUUAACAUCGAUAAAGGUCUCACGUUGAAGUGCUCCACCUAUUAAGGAAUGAAUUUCAUGCGUAGUUCAGAGAGCAUUCUCAUUUCAGCGUGCCUCUGUUAAGGACCCUCUGGUGGCUACUUGCCGAUCCGCGGGACAUGUACGGCAGUGCCAGAGCUGUAGGCCAUAUAGAGAGCAGCCCCGCACGGUCCCCGCGCCUGCCAAGGUCCCCCAGAUUGGGCCACCGGAGGGCCAACAGCGGGGGCGGGGGUGGUGCGGGCGGCAAGACGCUCUCCAUGGAGAACAUCCAGUCUCUCAACGCUGCCUAUGCCACGUCUGGGCCCAUGUACCUGAGCGACCACGAGGGCGUGGGCUCCACUGCCACUUAUCCCAGAGGCACUAUGACUCUGGGCCGCUCCACCGGCAGGGCCAUGUACGGAGGCCGCGUCACAGCCAUGGGCAGCAGUCCCAACAUUGCUUCAGUGGGACUGCCCCACGCUGACCUUCUGUCUUACAGUGACCUGGGUUCCCUCUCCAUGCUGCACCACCACCACCACCACCAGGGGGUGCCCUCCGCUCUGCUGAGGCAGGCGGUGCGUGGCAGUGGGGGGGAGCUGCUGGAGAUGCAGGCCCAGUUCAGGGAUAUGCAGAGGGAGAAUGAGUUGCUGCGCAGGGAGCUUGACCUCAAGGACAGUAAGUUAGGGUCUUCCACCAACAGCAUCAAGAGCUUCUGGAGUCCUGAGCUGAAGAAGGAGAGGAUAAUGAGGAAAGAAGAGGCAGCACGCACAUCGAUCCUGAAGGAGCAGAUGAGAGUCACUCAUGAGGAGAACCAGCUGCUGGACGCCCGGAGAACCAAGCAUCUCCAGAUGACAAUCCAGGCUCUCCAGGAUGAGCUGCGCACACAGCGGGACCUGAACCACCUGCUGCAGCAGGAGAGCGGCAACCGCUCCAUUUCCGAGCACUUCGCCACCAUCGAGCUGACGGAGGAGAACUUCCGCCGGCUGCAGGCCGAACACGACCGACAGGCCAAGGAGCUCUUUCUGCUCAGGAAGACACUGGAGGAGAUGGAGCUGAGGAUCGAGACCCAGAAACAAACACUGGGCGCCAGAGACGAGUCCAUCAAGAAGCUGCUGGAGAUGCUGCAGAGUAAAGGGCUGCCCUCAGGACCGGGCAGAGCGUCUGAAGAGGAAGAGCAGGAGAGAGCCAGGCGGAUCGCUGAGGCAGAAGCCCAGCUGGGACACCUGGAGGUCAUCCUGGACCAAAAGGAGAAAGAGAACAUCCAUCUUCGAGAGGAACUGCACAGAAGAAAUCAGCUACACCAAGAUCCAAGCAAAACCAAGGCCCUGCAGACCAUCAUAGAAAUGAAAGACACCAAAAUCGCCUCUCUGGAGCGCAACAUCCGAGACCUGGAGGAUGAGAUCCAAAUGCUGAAAGCCAACGGCUUAUUGAACUCAGAAGACAGAGAGGAGGAGAUCAAGCAGAUGGAGGUCUACAAGAACCACUCCAAGUUCAUGAAAACUAAGAUCGAUCAGCUGAAGCAGGAGCUGUCGAAGAAGGAGUCGGAGCUGCUGGCUCUGCAGACCAAACUCGAAACCCUCAACAACCAGAACUCGGACUGCAAACAGCAUAUCGAGGUGCUCAAAGAGUCGCUCACUGCCAAGGAGCAACGUGCUGCCAUCCUACAAACAGAGGUGGAUGCUCUACGUCUGCGGCUGGAGGAGAAGGAGUCCUUCCUGAACAAGAAGACCAAGCAGCUGCAGGACCUGACGGAGGAGAAGGGCACUCUCGCUGGAGAAAUCAGGGACAUGAAGGAUAUGUUGGAGGUUAAAGAACGGAAGAUCAACGUCCUGCAGAAGAAGAUUGAGAACCUGCAGGAGCAGCUGCGGGACAAAGACAAACAGCUGGGUAACCUGAAGGACAGAGUCAAGUCUCUGCAGACCGACUCCAGUAACACAGACACUGCCCUGGCCACCCUGGAGGAGGCGCUGUCAGAGAAGGAGAGGAUUAUCGAGCGUUUAAAGGACCAAAGGGAGAGAGAAGACAGAGAGCGUCUGGAGGAAGUGGACUCUUACAAGAAGGAGAACAAAGAUCUGAAGGAGAAAGUCAACAGUCUCCAGAUAGAGUUAACAGAGAAAGAGUCCAGUCUCAUAGAUCUGAAGGAGCACGCGUCGUCGCUCGCGUCUUCUGGCCUCAAGAAGGAUUCAAAGCUCAAAUCACUGGAGAUCGCCAUUGAGCAGAAAAAAGAGGAGUGUAGUAAGUUGGAGACGCAGUUGCAGAAGCAAGCUGAGCAGCUAUUCAGUCACAUGAACAAUCCUAAAGCCCACGAGGUGGAGCAGCAGUCGGGCUCAAGAGGGAACCCGGAGUACGUGGACCGAGUGAAGCUGCUGGAGAAGGAGGUGAGCUACUACAAGGACGAGGUCAACAAGGCUCAGACGGAGGUGGAGAGGCUCCUGGACAUCCUGCGCGAGGUGGAGACGGAAAAGAACGACAAGGACAAGAAGAUCGCCGAGUUGGAGAGUCUAGCUCCCAGACAAGGAGGGAAAGAGCAAGUUAAGAAGGGAGCAAACAUGAAACUGGGACCACAAGGGGACAAGAAAGGCUUAGGACAGGACCUUCGUAAGGACGGCUCCAUGGAUGGCGGCCACCACUCAAAGCUGGAGGAUAUGAUGAGCACACUCGAGAGGACGAGGCAGGAGCUGGACGCCACCAAGCAGCGUCUUUCCUCCACACAGCAGUCUCUGCAGGAGAGGGACACCCACCUCACCAACAUGAGACAGGAGCGCAGGAAACAGCUGGAGGAGAUCCUGGAGAUGAAACAACAGGCUCUGUUAGCAGCCAUCAGUGAGAAAGAUGCUAAUAUUGCACUGCUGGAACUAUCUGCCUCUAAUAAAAAGAAGACCCAGGAGGAGGUGCUGUCCCUCAAGAGAGAGCGGGACAAACUGAUGCACCAGCUCAAACAACAUACACAAAGCAGAAUGAAGCUGAUCGCCGACAACUAUGAAGAUGAACAAUAUCACCCACACGGUCCUCACCAUCCCCAGCCUCAGCCCCCACACGCCCCGCAGCAGCCCCAGCCCCAGUACCCCCACCCUCCCCAUGCCCAACAGACUCCAUAUCCACACGCACCACACGCACCACACGCACCACAUCCACAGCACCUGCAGCAUCCACCCACCUCCCAACUGCACCCUCACACGCAGCAGGCGCAACCACAGUAUCCUCACCCUCCUCACCCCCAGCAACACCCCCAGCACCCACAACAGGCCGCCCAGCACCAACCGCACCAACAGCACCCACGGCCCCCGCAGCCCCAACACCCCCACCAACAGCAUCCGCAGCACCCAGCGCAGCACCCACAUGGACACGCCCCCCAGCAGCAUCCUCACCCGCAGCACCCGCACGGUCCUCCCCAACAAGGACCGCACCCUCAGCAUCCGCACCCUCAGCAUCCACACCCUCAGCACCCGCAGCACCAACAGCAUCCGCAGCACCCGCACCACGCCCAGCACCCACGCCACCCGUCACCCCAUCACCGCGGAGGGCCGACCCGAGGACCCCAACAUGCUGGUCACCGUCCUGCUCCAGACCAGGACGACGAGGAGGGCAUAUGGGCAUAAUCCUUUGUGACAACCAAAGCUGUAGUGUUUUUGUUUUUUUUUAAGGAUGAUUCAGUCACUACUGGAGGAGCACAGCCACGCUAUGAUGUUGAAACACUACCCAACCAAUCAUUUAUUAUCUCCACUAAAUGGGACUUAGUUCAUAUUCUUGGUGAAAGAGGAGGAUGCAGGCCGGGUGUGCAGGCCACGUGGGAGACGGACAGCUGGGUAGGUGACCUGAGACCUCUCUGUUCAAACAGGAGUAAAUUUCAUCUUCCACCUAACAAGAUCUGGAACUGAAAGAGGCUGAUAGUGAGAUCAUUAGUGUAGACGGGCAACAUGAGGUCAAGAAUGACAUCACAGGUCACCUCACCUGUCCGUCACCUGGACGGAAACACCCUCCUGAUCCUCCCAGCAGAGAUCUCAUGACUGCCUGACAGUCCCAGUAUGUUUCUUUGUUUCUGUCUGUCUCAUCUGCCUGACUAACCCCUCUGGCUCUGGUUGGCUCCGCCCUGUCUGACUGUGUCAUGGUUUUUUUUCAAUCCUCACUGCCCUGCGGAACCCACUCGGUGACAUUUGAGCCUUCCACCGGGCGAUCACGAGCCUCGGUGUGCAGCCUCUCGGUGUUUCCAUGUGAUUUCGGCACUCAGUGACCUCUUUCAGUAACUUUGUCCACCAUCCAUGUCCAGAUCGCAUCAUAUUCAGCACGUCUGAAGAUACACUUGGUUUUGCCGGACAGCAUGUUUCAUUUGGUGUUGGCGAAAGGACGAGCUUUGAGCUGACUGACCGUUGGCCUCUGGCCUUGCUUGCAGCGUCGACGGGGGUUUCCUUGGCUGCAUGAGCAGGACCCUUCGGUUCUUGGGCUUGUUCAAGCCUUAAGGUUGUGGUACCCAUUGACAUUUUCUCUUCACGUUACCUCAUCAGAAGAAAAAAAGAAAAAAGAGAAUCAAUCUAUGCAGAUGUCAACAUAGAGUGAGUGCAUUUUUAUUUCCACCCAUCCGUACUCAAAGUGUAAUUAAUCAUCAGAUGAGCUUGGCCAAGAGAACGGUCAGAGAAGAGUAUAUACUGAGUCUGUGAGGCUAUGCACCUCCUCCUCCUCCUCCUCCUCCUCCUCCUCCGUGUGGCAGAUUUUUUUACUACUGGUGCUUUUGCUGGUGCUCAAACUAAAUGGUGUCAGAAAACCUAAUCACGAGCGUCUUUUUUGGGUCCUUUUGCAGGAGAAGAACUUUGACCCUGCAAUGGACAAAAACAACUGUAAAGGUCUUUGUACAUAAUGUGACAGGUGGGGGUUUUGUGAGCAUCAUCCUAAAGGCCCACACACACACACACACAGAAGAUUUCCCUUUCUUGAAUACUGCUAAUAAAAAAUACCAUCGUAGACGUGAAUGAAGUGGAGACAUCGCCCCGUCUCCGACCCACUCUCUGCUCCCACUCCCACCGCCCUCGUCCUCGUCCACCAGUGAUCUGUGUGACCUCCUGAAAUAAUAGUGACUUGUUUACUCCUUCUCAACAAAGUGGCCUGUGCCUCAUGAAAACUGUACACAUAUAUGAUAGAUAAUAUGCAUAUAUUCUACACAUAGAGAGAAAUCUAUAGAUUGUGUCUAUACGUGGUGAGAAAAAUUGUUGCGAAUUGACAAGAUAACUAUGUUUUAUUUCUUUAUGGUUAUUUUUCUAACUGGGUGGAGGUCAGAGAGAUUAGAUAAGAGUCUUAUUUAGUGUCGAGUGGUGUGGUUUUUUUAUUCCCCCCCCCUCUGAUUUGUACAUUGUGAGAAAAAAAAAACCCCGCCCUCAGAAGCAAAUAACAUUCCCUGUCUGAAAAUAGGACAGCCCAGAAAAAAAAAUAGCUUUAGUGGCAAUUUGUGGCAAAUAGAAAAUGUUUAUCCAAAUAUAUUUAAGUCUUGAAAAGAUGACAUAACUUACAUUCCUUUCUCAAUGUGAAAACAACUUGAAGUUGAAGACGAAGCCUAAUCUGUGGUCACAGCUACAGACAAAAAAAAAAAAAAGCAUUGAAUUUUUGCAGCUCACAGAAGUAGCAGGUACUUGCACUUGUGAGUGAGGACUAUCACGAUUGACAUCCAAGUGGAGGUUUGAGUGACUCUGUCGGGAUUCACUUCUGUUUUGCGUGUUUGUUGUCGUCGUCUCGUAAGCAGAAGUGGUGACAUAAUUAUGUGACAGUGACAGUGACAGCUGGAUCAAUUAGAAAAAAAACAACAUUGUUACGAUUAUUGUGAAGAUUUGAAUUAGACUGUUACUCUCCCCACUUCCUCUCAUGGUGCCUGUGUGUCUCCCUUAUAUGGAAAAGUGUUUGGGUGUUGUAUAUAAAUGUCUUCUCCAUCCAUCUCCCCAUCUUCCACAAAAACAAAAGGGGAUCCAUGCACGCCAUCUUUGUACGUCUCUGCUUCCACCGUGAACCUUUUUACAGCUCCUGUCACUGACCAAGAAUCAUGGAGUAUGUGGUGUUCAAGAAUGCCAGGAGAAAACGUCCUGUUUGAUUUAUCCAUUUAUUUAUUUAUUUA